AUGCUGAAGCGUCCUGGCCGUCAGGAGUCGAUCUCCGAUAAGAUCUACAGAUUCCGAGGGACUCUGCUUGUUGUCUCGAUCCCGCUCGUUCUUAUCACGUUUGUUCUUUACAUGAUGCCUUCCAGCUCGAAUUACGAGUCUGCCGGAGAUUACGCUCUUGUUAAUCGGAAAAUUUCACCGGAUAAAAAGUCCGGUGGCUCAUAUGCCGUAAUUUUCGAUGCUGGUAGCUCUGGCAGCCGCGUUCAUGUUUUCCAUUUCGAUCAUAAACUAGAUCUCGUUCAUAUUGGCAAAGAUCUCGAACUUUUCGAGCAGCUUAAACCAGGUUUGAGCGCUUAUGCUAAGAAUCCGAAGCAUGCAGCGGAAUCUCUGAUUUCUCUCUUGGACAAAGCGGAGAGUGUUGUUCCUCGUGAAUUGAGAUCAAAGACACCAGUUCGAGUUGGGGCAACUGCAGGUUUGAGGUCUUUGGAAGGGGAUGCAUCUGAUAAGAUAUUGCAAGCGGUUAGGGAUUUGCUUAAGCACAGAAGCACGUUGAAAUCUGAUGCUGAUGCGGUUACGGUGCUGGAUGGAACACAAGAAGGUGCUUUUCAAUGGGUUACCAUUAACUAUCUAUUGGGAAACUUGGGAAAAGAUUAUUCCAAGACUGUUGGGGUAGUUGAUCUUGGAGGUGGAUCUGUACAAAUGGCAUAUGCCAUCUCUGAGUCUGAUGCUGCCAUGGCUCCAAAAGUAAAGGAUGGAGAUGAUCAAUAUGUCAAGGAGAUGUUCCUGAGGGGAAGAAAAUAUUACCUCUAUGUUCACAGUUACUUGCGCUAUGGUUUACUAGCUGCCCGUGCUGAGAUUUUAAAGGCUACCGGUGAUGCUGAAAACCCGUGUAUCUUAUCUGGCUAUGAUGGAUCUUACAACUAUGGAGGAAAAUCACUUAAGGCAUCAUCCUCUGGAGCAAGCUUAAAUGAAUGCAAAAGCGUAGCUCUCAAGGCUCUCAAAGUCAAUGAGUCAUUGUGUACACAUAUGAAGUGCACUUUUGGUGGGAUAUGGAAUGGUGGAGGUGGGGAUGGACAGAAAAACCUCUUUGUUGCCUCAUUUUUCUUUGACCGGGCUGCUGAGGCUGGUUUUGCUGAUCCAAACAAACCAGUUGCUAUAGUUCAACCCUCCCAUUUUGAAGAAGCUGCCAAACAGGCUUGUCAAACAAAACUCAAGAAUGCCAAAUCCACUUAUCCACGAGUUGAAGAAGGGAACCUUCCAUAUCUUUGCAUGGAUCUUGUUUACCAGUAUACCUUGCUUGUUGAUGGGUUUGGCAUAUACCCAUGGCAAGAAAUUACAUUGGUAAAGAAAGUUAAAUACGAAGAUGCCCUUGUUGAGGCAGCUUGGCCGCUAGGAAGCGCUAUUGAAGCUGUAUCGGCUAUAUAA